UGAUCCCAGUCACCCCGGUCUUCCCGGGAACUUCAAAAUCUUUCCAAAAAGAAAAAAAAGGAAAAAAGAAUUCGAACGCCGCCGCAUCGAUCCGGAGUGGUGUAGCACUGUGGUGUACCGCUCGCUCCAUCGGAUGGAGGCGGAGGCGGAGGCGGGCAGGCCGCGGCCGGCCAUGUCGGCGGAGGACGAGAGGCUCCUCAUGGAGGCGAAGUGGCUGCCGUGGGACGAGCGGCUCCGGCACAAGAGCUGGAAGGUGCGGCGCGACGCCAACGUCGACCUCGCCGCCCUCUGCGACUCCAUCGCCGACCCCAAGGACGCCCGCCUCCGCGAGUUCGGGCCGUUGUUUCAGAAUUCCGUGGCGGAUUGCAACGUGUCGGUGCGGGAGAAGGCGCUGGAUGCCGUGCUCGCUUUCCAGCGGGCGUCCGAUGCUGCUGAUGCGUCCAGGUAUGCGAAGGGGAUCUGUGAUGCGAUUGUCGCAAAGUGCCUCACCGGCCGUCCUAGGAUCGUCGAGAAGGCUCAGGCUGCGCUCCUCCUCUGGGUGGGGUUGGACGCGGCGGAGGUUUUCGUUGAAUCAAUGGAGAAGGCUGUAAAGAACAAAAUGGCUAAAGCAGUUGUGCCUGCUAUCGAUGUAAUGUUUCAAGCACUUAGUAAAUUCGGACCUAAGGUAGUACCACCAAAAAAAGUAUUGAAGAUGCUUCCCCAGCUGCUUGAUCAUCCAGAUCGGAAUGUUCGGGCUUCUUCCAAGGGUUUGACAGUUGAGCUUUGUUGGUGGAUUGGCAAAGAGCCUGUAAAGGCAAUUUUAUUUGAGAAGAUUAGGGAUAUGAUGAUAAAAGAGUUGGAAGCAGAGCUAGCAAAUAACUCAGCAAUUGCUAAGCCAGCUCACAAGAUAAGGUUCAUACGGUGUUAUGAUUGUACAUGGACGUUGAUCGAUGAGUAUGAUCUUGUUGAUCCUGUACAUACCUUAACACCACCUGAGGAGUCUGGAUUCUGUGAUGGUGUGAAAGCAACUAAGUGGUCCGAAAGGAGGGAUGCUACGGAGCUAACCAAGCUUUCUUCAACAAAAAGAAUUGCUACUGGUGAUUUUGAAGACAUCUGUCCAACACCCAAGAAGGUUAAUCCUGGCUCGAAGUCUCUGUGCAUUAUGUACAUUCGAAUUUGCAGCCCUGUUGAGUUCAUCCAAGUUUUCUUAAGUGUUAGUAAAAAUCAACGUUGUUUCUGAAUCAUGAUUCGCUUGUAUCUCUCUUUUUUAUACCGAUGCCAAUGUGGUUGCUUCAGAAGAAGCUACUCAAACAAUAGGGAAUGUAGCUAGCGGAUUAAGAACUCAAACAAUAGGGAAUGCUUCCUGUUUUACUUGUAAGCAUUAUAUAAAUUUCAGUAACCAUAAAUUACCAUUGAAUUAUUUGAUUGCCUCACUGAUAACCAACUUAUUCAUCUUUGUUUCUGAAUUUUAGUUAUAAGGUAACAUGAAAUUGUAUCAAUUUAAAAGUACAAUUUAACCAUUUAAAUUAUAUAACUGGACCUCUAGCCAAACACGUUCGUUCCUUUGUGCUUAUUAUUGGGGAAGGGAGGAGCAACUUGCUCGUUUACCAUUAACACACUUUCUAAAUUGUUAAGUGUUCUUUUAAAAAAUAUAUAUACAAGUUUAUGAAAAACUCCAAAAAAAAAUCUAUUUUCAAGUUUGAAAUAGCUAAUACUUAAUUAAGCAUGAACUAAUAACCUUCCUCGUUUUGUGUACGGCUUAUAGUCACUUCAAAUUCUGUUUCGAAUAGAAGCCUAAGUUGUUUCUUACCCUUCUUAUUGCUUAGAAGAAUUUUAUGAUGUACCAUCUCCACUUUUAAGUAUAUGAUAUUGUUGACUGUUGGAUAUGGUAUUUGGCCAUUUGAUCUAAUUUAAAAUCUUAGCAAAAAUAUUAAAAAUAAUCAUCCUUAAUGAACCUGUUAAAACAAGUCAACAAAAUUAAAAUGCCUAUAUAGUUUUUAUUAGACAAAUGGUUAAACGGCAUGACGAAAAGUCAACAGAAUCAUAUUUACAAAUGGAGAUAAUACUAACUCUAAAGGGAAAAGUCAUUUUUUAUUGAAAGGGUAAGACCAAUUUUAUCCCAUGAACGAGUGUUUGUCUUAGAUACACCCCAAACUACAAAACCAAGUAUAAUACCCCCUCCCCCUAGAAAAAAAAUAAAUAUUGGACACUUCACCCAUCUCGAGCUGCUUUACAUUGAGUGUGGUACACAUGAACGCAACGUAGGAUAUCACAUGUACUAGUGGUCCACGUCAGCCCUUGUACCAUGUAAGAUGACUUAAACUAAUACCAUGUGGGCCAUGUCAGCUCCAGUGAGUUCGUCAAAUAGUAGUGUAAUGGAUUUGUUGUUUAUAUGAAAAUAAUAUUGUGUGAU